AUGCGGGUUCAAUGCCUGCCAACAACCGUUAUUAUUAUUUUCCUCUUGCUUGCCGGUAUAUCGCAUCCGAAACGCAGAAUACAUCCGACAGUGAUAAUAGCUAUGGGUGUUAAUGCUGCGCCAGUAAUUGAGUCAAAAUCAAUCGUAUUCAACGAUCUGGACAAUUUACGCAGGUCAAUAGCAGUAUUGCGCCAUGCGGUUGGUAACUCAAUUGCCAGUUCAAUGCUCCGUUUACCCUCAUCUCAGCAUCAUCUUCAUCGAGAUGCAUUAUAUGGACGACGAGGCGAAUCUUCGGAAGCUGCCAUACUGAAUGUUAAAGCCGAUAUCAGGAGGAUGAAUGAAGCAGAUGUAGAUCAGUUUGAUGAUGAAGUUGAAGAUGAAGAAAGGCUCAUGCAGGCCGAUCGCCCAUCAAUCAUUCACAGGACACGACAUUUCAGGCAACGCAAAAGAAGAAAAGGCUGUGGUGCCUCAAGACACGGCCAUCAGCAAAUGUUAUGCCCAACACGAAGCUCGCAUCAUUAUGAUGUUUGCAUAACAUCGGAACAACUAUGCGACGACAUUACUGACUGUCCUGGUGGCGAGGAUGAAAGUCCAUCAAACUGCCUUUUUUAUAAAUCUAUAAAAGAGCAGUUGAAACAUAUUUACAAUACCGUGCUUCUGCUAGCCGAUCACGCUGCGGGUCAGAACAGCCAUCGUGAAUUGUAA